AUGGAAAAAGGAAACCCCUUUGCAGAUAAUGUUUCCUUAUCUCCAGAACUCCGGCAAUAUUUUGAAUGAGCUUACAGCAAAAACAUAAGAUGGCCUAAGCUUGAAUAUCCUGCGAUUUUCCCUCCUGGCUACAAAGGUACAAGAGCUGCAGAAGAUAUAGGGCCUUCCUAUAGAUGGCGCGCAAUGCGCCAUCACCGAGCCAUGUCGGGAGAGGGUUCCACACGAGGAAUGGUUCUACGUGUGGAACCCUCUUUUUGACCUGUGAGAAAACUACUUUCCACGAGCCAAAAAGAGGGUUCCACACGUAGAACCAUUCCUCGUGUGGAACCCUCUCCCGACAUGGCCCGGUGAUGGCGCAUUGUUCGCCAUCUAUAGGAAGGCCCUAUAUCCAUCCAGGCGAAACCAUAAUUUCUGUACCAAGUGACUGUAUUUUUUCUGCUAACCUUGCCAAACGAAGUAUAGUAUAUGAAAAAAUAUCAGAAUUAUCAGACCCAUUUAAGCCAUAUGAAGGAUAUUUCGAUGAACUUCUUUUAGUCUCAUUUCUGAUUUGAGAAAAAUUUAAAGGAGAAUCAUCAGAGUGGCAUUUUUUUAUUCAAGCUCAGCCAACUGAUGCCAAAGUCCUUCAAGAUUGGCCAAUUGCAGACAUUAAAGAGCUGCAAGAUAUAGACUUAGAAUAUGAUAGUGAGAGAUCAAACUAUUUAUUAAAUUAUUUAUACACAACCUGAGAAGGAGAUCUUAACUCCCCCCCCCCCCUCCGUGAGCGAACAAAACCAUUAGAAAAAUCGCCAUUUUUUGACCAAAAACCCACCCUCCGUGAGUGAACAAAAAUUUUUUUUAAUAGAAAAAAUUUUAAUGGAAAAAAAUUUUGAUAUAUAAGUGAUAAUUAGUAUAAUGAAAUCUAGAGCUAAUUCUGUUUAAUUUUAAACAAAUUGCGUUUUAAAACAUAAAUUUUGCAAAUUAAAUUAAUAUUUGCUUCCCAAUUUUUGCAAAUUAGGAUUUUUUUAAAUUUCGAAAAAAAUAUUUUUUAUAAAAUUUUAUAUAUAAAAUUUUUUUUAAAAAAAAUUAACCCCCCUCCGUGAGCGAACAAAAUUUUUUUGUUCGCUCACGGAGGGGGGGGGGGGAGUAAGAGAACUCUUAUUUUUACUGAUGAAAUGCUGACCUUUGAAAAUUUUCUUUGGGGGUGAAGGCUAUUGCUAACACGCACAUUUGGCAAAUUAGUCCCUAGUAUAUCAUUUGUUCCAAUAGCAGAAUUUCUAAACCAUAAUCUUAUUGAAACUCAUUACUACUAUCUCUCCAACUCAGAAGAGCCAGACUAUAGUGCUAGAGUCUAUAAUAUUGAAGACUAUGAAGAUUAUGAUGACCCAAUUUAUGAAAGAAUUGCCACAUCAGAAAUUUCGUUUAAACUAAUCGCAACCAUUUAUAAAGACUCUCUUCUAAAUAUUUCUCAGGCCUGCCAAGAAAAGCUUGAAAAAAUAAUUGAAAUAGCUGAAUCAAAAGAUUUAGAUAGGGAAAAUGCAAAAAAAAUAAAAAUGGAUUGGAAGCCUCCUAUUUCAGCGACAAUUGAAGAUUCUAGUAAAAGCGUGGUAAUCAAAGCAGGACUAGAGGAAUUUUAUGUAAAAGGAUCAGAAGUGUACAUGAGCUAUGGGAGAUAUUCAAACAGGCAGCUAUUGACAGUUUAUGGGUUUUCUUUGAAAAAUAUAAAGUAUAAUUAUGCAACUUUAAAAAUAAAAAUUGAGGAUCUUGCUAGUGAUCCUAGAAUGCAAGAUUACAUUAUUGAAAAUGGCUUUGACGAUGUAUAUGCUUUUAAACUCUAUAACAGUAUAAUCCCCAUCGGACUUUUCACUGUUAUAAGAGCAUUUAAAUGAAGAAAAAACAUGUGGCCAGAGGCUUUUUUGCAACCUACUUACAUUAAAAAUGAAUUGGAAAUCCUUUCUGAUUCGAAAAAGUUUAUAAAAGAGUAUUUGGAUGAUUUUCCGACGACAUUGGGUGAAGAUUUAAAUUUAUUGGAACAAGAUUUAUCCAUAAAUAAAUACUUCGCUGUAGUCUACAGAAGCGAAAUAAAGAAAAUCCUUCACAACCAGAUUUCCAUUGUUACAACCCUUCAUGAAGCGGUUUCAUUUAUUAAUAAGGGCAAAAGUCUUCAGGAUUAUUUAAAUCUUGUUAAGACUUCUGAAAACUUCUUACUCCCCCCCUUUAAAUUGGAACUAAAAAUUUUGUUCCAAUUUUAAAGGUGUUAAGAAUUGUUUUAAAAAAAAUAUCAAUAUAAAAUUUUUUAUAAAAAAAAAAAAAAUUUAAAAAUAAAUAAUUUCAAAAAACUUAUCGAGUUAGAUUAAUAAAUUUGUGUAAUAAAAUGCUAUUUACUCUUUAUCCUUUAAAACAAAGCAAGAUAUAACUAAAUUUUCAUUAUUAGUUAAUACACCACUAUUAAUUGGCAUCAAAAUUAUUUGCACAAAAAUUAUAAUUUUUAUUGAUAAAAUAAAAUUAAAAAAAAAAAUUAAUUGUUUUUUUUAAAUUUAGCAAUUAAGGAUAAUAAAUUUAUUUAAAUAAGAUGCUCUUUAUACUUUCUUCUUUAAACAAGAGCAAGAUAUAACUAAAUUUUUAAUUUUAGUUAAGAAGAAACAUUUAACUUAUAUCAAAACAUUUUAGAUAAAAAUUAUAUGUAAUUUUUUAUUAUAAAAUAAAUUUUGUUCCAAUUUAAAGGGGUUAAUUUACCAAAAAAAGUGGAAAUUUUACCUAUAUUUUGUCCCAAUUUAAAGGGGGGGGGGAGUUAGAAAUCCCAUCUUGCUAUCCCUCAAUAGAAAAUUAUUUAACGAAUUUAAAUCUCCUCUAACUCAGCUACCCCAUAUGACAAAAACAUUUUGCCCGCUCACAAAGGGGGUUAAUUUUUUUGUUUUAAUUUCAUAUAUAAAUUUUAUAAAAAAUUAUAUUUUCAUAAUUGUAAAUUUAUGUUUAAAAUCCAAAAUUUAACAUGUUUGCACUCUAAAGCAUAAAUUUUACAAAUUCUGACUUAUAUAUCGAUUUUUUUUCUGUAAAAAAUUUUGUUCUCUUAUGGAGGUGGUUUUUACCAAAAAAAUCUCGAUUUUUUCCAAUGCUUUCGUUCGCUCAAAAAGGAAGGGAAGCAGAGAGUAA